CAUUAGCUGUGUGGCGAGCCUGUUUGAACGAUUGCGUUCUACGGCAAGCUCUACCUCCAUCUCUUCUUCCUCCUCUGUUUUCUGCAAAUGUUACAACACAAAUUGAAAUUUCCUCUUUUCUUUCCUUUCUGCGUGCCUUGCAGAUUCCUUUGCGUCAGAAGACAAGGAAGAAAAAUCAAGGUUUUUACACCAUGAGUCGCCGAAGGAUCUCGUGUAAGGAUCUCGGACUGGCUGAUUGUCAGGGCUGGCUGUAUAAAAAAAAGGAAAAAGGAGGCUUUAUUGGCAACAAAUGGAAAAAGUUUUGGUGUGUUCUGAAGGCUUCGUCUUUAUACUGGUACAGCAAUCAAGUGGCAGAGAAAGCAGAAGGAUUCCUCAGCCUUCCGAACUUCACAGUGGAUCAAGCAACAGAAUGCAAGAAAAAAUAUGCUAUGAAGAUCACCCAUCCACAUAUCAAGACAUUCUAUUUUGCAGCAGAAAAUGUGGAGGAAAUGAAUAUAUGGCUAAAUAAAUUAGGCAUGGCAGUCCUAGACAAACAGGCUAAUAAAAAGAAUGAAGAAGAAUGCUAUAGUGAAAGUGAGCAUGAAGAUCCAGAAAUAAAUGCAGAAACACCACCCCCUCCAUAUUCAGAUCAGUUGCUGCUGUCUGAUUUGGCCCAACAAGAGCUUUCCUCAACACCACAUGUAUUAAGUGAAGUACCACAUUCCUUGUCUUCCCCAGACAGCAGUACGAUGAAAUCCCAAGGGUCUUCUUCUUCCUCACUGUGCAACCUAUUGCAUUCAGAGAGACAGUCAUGGCUUGACUUCAUUAACAGCUCUUCUGCUCAAGGAGACGUGGACUAUCAACCUCCAGCUGCCUCUGGUGACUCUGCAGAUACUGAUUGCCUGUUGACAGACUGUAAUGAAACAGUGGAAAGCGGUACCAUCGAAUCCAAGGAAAAUGUUCAGAUUUCACUGAAUGAAGAUAAAUCUUCAGUAGGUAAUGCCAAUAAUAACUUAGCUGUAUCUGGAACAAUAGCAUCAACAACUCUAAGUAAAGACCGUACCAAAUGUUCUGUAGAUGAAAUGGAGAAACUCUACAAGUCCUUAGAGCAAGCAAGUUUAUCUCCCAUUGGGGACCGGCGACCUUCUACUAAGAAAGAGUUGAGAAAAUCCUUUAUCAAAAGGAGCAAAAACCCCUCUGUAAAUGAGAAACUUCACAAAAUUCGAGCUCUGAAUAGUACCUUAAAGUGCAAAGAACAUGACUUGGCCAUGAUAAACCAGUUGCUGGAGGAUCAUGAGCUGACAGCAAAGAAAUAUAGAGAGUGGAAGCAUACAAACUCCAUUUUGAUUCAAGAUAUCUAUCAGCCGCCAGACACUGUGAAUACGGUCGAUGGAGACAGCACAGAAUCAGAAGUGACCACACAGUCAUCUUUCAUUGGAAAUACUAUUUGAAAACAGUGAACUAUACAGUACUUUCCAUCACUGAUUUCUUCAGUUCAUUCUGUUUAAACUACCACAUCUUCAGGUUUUUGCUUCCAUUGAUAACUGAUACUUCCUUCAGUGGAACACAGCAACCCGGGAUUAAUCAGAAAGCAAAAUAAGCACCUGCUUAGAGCACUAAGGGAAGGGGGUAACACAGUUUCCCCCCCUAGCUAUCGUGCCCUUAACUCUUUCAUUGCCACACUCCACUUUAGUUUUCAGCACUUAUUGAGUCUUGAUGUCUUGUCAGUUACACAAUGGAAGGGCUGAGGGGCAUUGUGGGGCUGUUCUUAGAGCAUCAGUUGGCCUUAAUCUGGCCCUGGAACACAGAGUUUGUUCUCCAGAGCAUUACUUCCCCUUUCCCUAUUCCAUGAAGUCAGGAAAAACAUCACCUAGUGAUCACAUCAUGGUGCAACUCUUGGUACAGUUCUCAGAAGAAUGUUUAUCUGGUGGAUGAGAAUUGGGAUUCUGUUUUGUAAAGUCAGCCUACUUUGCAAUAAGAAUAAUAUUUUAGGAAAGAUAUUCCUCAGUGUUCUGAAUAUUAGGGUAUGUACAUGAGAAGACUUGGGCUAUUUUAAAUUUGGUUGAGAGAGAAGCUGAACAUUUUUAGGCUGGAGAAAAACUACCAGGGUAAGAAUUAUACAAAAUGCACUAUUUUGUCAGUUUGUCAAUGUGUUAAUUGUUUCUGCUGAUGAACUGUUUUUAGACACAGAGGAAAUAAAUAAAAAGAAGGUUGGUGUCUCUACUCUACAUAGCCUUCUCAUGAUCUAUUCAAAGUACACAGUUGCAGUCACAAUAUCUUCAGAUUUAUGAAAAAAAAUCCAUUUAUCAUAUCCGAGAAGUUGUGUUUGAAUUGUUUUUUAUGAGCAAAUAAAUUCAU